CUCCGCCCCCUCCGCCCCCUCCCAUGGCGGAGACCAAGAUCAUCUACCACAUCGACGAGGAGGAGACCCCCUACCUGGUCAAGCUGCCGGUGACCCCCGAGAGGGUCACCCUGGCCGACUUCAAAAAUGUCCUCAGCAACCGGCCGGUGCAGAGCUACAAAUUCUUUUUCAAGUCGAUGGACCAGGACUUCGGGGUGGUGAAGGAAGAGAUCUCGGACGACAAUGCCAGGCUGCCGUGCUUCAAUGGGAGAGUGGUGUCUUGGCUCGUCCUGGCCGAGAACUCGCACUCAGACGCGGGGUCUCAGGGCCCUGAGAGCCACAGCGACCUGCCCCCACCUCUGGAGAGGACAGGAGGCAUCGGGGACUCCCGGCCCCCCUCCUUCCACCCCAAUGCGGCCAGCAUCCGCGAUGGGCUGGACAACGAGACGGGCACGGAGUCAGUGGUUAGCCACCGGCGGCACCGGCGGCGGAAUCGGGAAAGCCACGAUGACGCCCCACGGGUCAAUGGGAACCCGAAGCUGGAGCCGGGCCGGGAGCGGGGGGCCUGCGACAGCUCCUCGUCCACCGUCCUGAGCAGCGAGAUGGAGUCCAGCAACUUCGUGGAUUCGGACGAGGAGGACACCAGCAGGCGGAGCAGCUCGGCGGAGCAGAGCACUUCCUCCCGGCUGAUCCGCAAGCACAAACGACGCCGGAGGAAACCGAGGAUGCGGCAGACGGACCGGUCUUCCUCUUUCAGCAGCAUCACGGAUUCCACCAUGUCCCUGAACAUCAUCACGGUGACACUGAACAUGGAGAAGUACAACUUCCUCGGGAUCAGCAUCGUGGGCCAGAGCAAUGAUCGAGGCGACGGCGGCAUCUACAUCGGCUCCAUCAUGAAGGGGGGUGCCGUGGCCGCCGACGGCCGGAUCGAGCCGGGGGACAUGCUGCUGCAGGUGAACGACGUGAACUUUGAGAACAUGAGCAACGACGACGCCGUGCGGGUGCUGCGGGACCUCGUGUCUCAGCCCGGACCCAUCAGCCUCACUGUGGCCAAGUGCUGGGACCCCACCCCCCGCAGCUACUUCACCAUUCCCCGGGCUGAGCCGGUGAGGCCGAUCGACCCCGCCGCCUGGAUCUCGCACACCGCGGCCCUGACCGGAGUGUUUCCCCGCCACGGUACGAGCCCUUCUGUGAGCCUCAUCACAGCCACCAGCUCCUCACUAACGAGCUCUAUUCCCGAGGCCGAAAAGAUGGAGGAGUCGGUGCUGAGCGUGAAGAGUGACAUGGCCACUGUGGUCAAGGUGAUGCAGCUGGCGGAUUCGGGUUUGGAGAUCCGUGACAGGAUGUGGCUGAAAAUUACCAUCUCCAACGCCGUCAUUGGAGCGGAUGUGGUGGACUGGCUGUACACCCACGUGGAGGGCUUCAAAGACCGGAGGGAGGCCCGGAAGUACGCCAGCAGCAUGCUGAAACACGGCUACCUCAGGCACACCGUCAACAAGAUCACGUUCUCCGAGCAGUGCUACUACGUCUUUGGAGACCUCUGCAGCAACAUGGCCGCCCUGAAUCUGAACAACGGUUCCGGCGGGACGUCCGAUCAGGACACGUUGGCCCCGCUGCCCCAGGCAGCCGCCCCCUGGCCCGUGGGGCCGAGCUACCCCUAUCAGUACCCGCCGCCCCCGGCGGGCUUCCCGCCGGCCUACCAGGACCCCGGCUUCGGCUACGGCAGCGGCAGCGCGGGGAGCCAGCACAGCGAAGGGAGCAGGAGCAGCGGCUCGGCCCGCAGCGCCGGCGACGCCGGCCGCCGGCCGCUCGGGAGGGAGAAGGAGCUCAAGUCGCCGGGCAGCGGGAGCGACUCGGACCCCACGGCCCGGAGCGUCCGGCGGGAGCGUCCGGCCAGCCAGCUCAGCCGCCGCAGCCGCCGCAGCCAGGCCGACCCCCGGGGGCUCCCGGCCUACCCGGGCCCCGAGGCCCGCGCCGCCGGCCGGGCCCGAGAACUCGCCUCCGUGCCCCCGGAGCUCACGGGCAGCCGCCAGUCCUUCCAGAAGGCCAUGGGCAACCCGUGCGAGUUCUUCGUGGACAUCAUGUGAGCCGGCGGGGUGGCCCCGGCCCCGGCCGCCGGAGGAGACGGGCGUCUCCGGCUCGGCGACGGCGUCCCGGGCGCGGGGCCGACGCUUCGCCUCCGGUGGGGACGCCCCGUUUCCGACCGCCUUCGCCUCUCCCCCCCCCACCGUUGGCGGGAAGGGCCGCGCUUAGACCCCCCGACCGCCACUCGGUCGAUCCGGGGGCGGCCGGCCGAGCGCCCGGGAGGGGCCGGUUGAAGUCGUCGGCGCUGCCCCUUUGCUUUUCGCUGUGGGUAGCGAACCGCCCUGCCUCGAGGGCGGCAGCGCCGACUCCCCUUGUUUGUCGGGACUCUCCGGGCCUCACCCCGGACGGCCCGGACCCCUGCCCGUCGGCCCGUCCUAGCCGUGCCGUUACCGGCCGGGAGCUCUGAGCGCCGGAGGGCAGCUCGGGUUUAAGCGAUUGGAGAGCUGGAGGAGGUACCCCAGGCCUCGGGGGAGCCGAGUCGAGGGAAGCCCCUUUCCCGCGGGGGCGUCGCCCUCCAAGAAUAAGCCAGGAGGUUGGGGGGUGGGAAACAGGACGGAGGCUUUGCUGCAGGUGCUAAAGCCCCCCCCUUGCAUCCUGGAGGGGACACCCAGCCUCCAACACCACCGGCCUCUGGACUUCUCCCUCCAGGCCGGACCGGUGUGGAGGGGGGAAGGCCGACAGACUCCACCCCCAGCCUUGCGUCGUGACGAUGAGACCUUAUUUAUUUAUUUAUUGUUCCAGGCCUGUCGGGCCGCUGGCCGUCUGGUCAACCGUCCUGGCCGGCCCCCCCUGCGGCGGCUCCUCCCCCUUCGAGGUGCAGGGAGAAGGGAAAGACCCUGCCUCCGUUCCCCCCGCCGCCAGCCCUGCCCGGGUCGGGCGGCAUAACCUAAGGCCUCGGAGCUAGCUAGACGGCUGGAGCGGGGCAAGGCCCAUCUGCUUCCAGGGCCGCGGAGAGCUGGGCGGGCAGGUGGAGCCGGGUCGGCUGCUGGACAGUCGACCCGGCGCUGCGAUGGGGUGACCAGGUCGAGACUCCACCCGCUAAGGGGUGGAGGGGGCAGGGGACGCAGUGGAGGGAGAGAUGGAGGUAAGUGGAGGGAGCCUUUUCAGCCUCUCCCCCCAGGGGCGAGUGUGGCCACCGGGACGGUCCCUCCAGAGUUGGGGGCGGGAUCGGGGAGGGGUCACCCCUCGCUUCCCACCCGUAGGUGAACAACGGAGCCCGGGGGCAGGUCUGGGCAAAAUUUCCACACCUUUCCCCCACGGGCUUCUGGAUAGAGUUCGCAGCGACGCAGAAAGGAUGCUUCUUCCCCCCCAAGACGGGGGCGGCCACAGGCACUUUAGAGAAUGGGGACGCUCCCCACUUCCCUAUGAGACACCAUUCCCCGGGGAGGGGGGAAAAGCGAGGCAGGCCCGGGGUGAUUUUCCCGUUUUGCAUUUUCCAGGACCGACGCCUGUCACCUUCUGGCAGGGACGACCUGGGCGGGUCCUUAGGGGUGGGGGGGACCUGUUGCCCCGGCCCCCGAUCCCUGGCCCUGCCCGGUCCUGGCUGUAGAUACCGAUCGACCCCGUGUCUGUAUAGUUAAUAUAUAACUGCUUCUGUGUAAAUGCUAUUUUAAACACUAAAAGCUUUUAAUUUUA